AAUUAAAUUGGAGGAAUCAAUCAUUAUUUUUGAUGUGAAGACUUCAUCAUUGACAUCUGUAUGUUCAUUUGUCAGCCUCUAAGAAAUAAUACAGCACAUCAGUGGCAAUAACUGAUUUUGAUACACACUGACAUUUAUUUGAAAAAACAAAACAAACCAAAAAUCCCAACAGACAAAACCCAACAAACCUUUUGAAGACUUGUGUCAAAUGACGUCAAUGGCCAGUUUGUUCUCCUUUACUAGCCCAGCUGUAAAGCGUCUGUUGGGCUGGAAACAAGGAGAUGAAGAGGAAAAAUGGGCAGAAAAAGCUGUUGAUGCUUUGGUAAAAAAGCUGAAAAAGAAAAAAGGUGCUAUGGAAGAACUGGAGAAAGCCUUGAGCAGCCCAGGACAGCCCAGCAAGUGUGUUACUAUCCCACGCUCUUUAGAUGGACGACUGCAAGUUUCUCACAGAAAAGGCCUUCCCCAUGUAAUUUACUGUCGUGUUUGGCGUUGGCCUGAUCUACAAAGCCAUCAUGAGCUGAAGCCAUUGGAUAUUUGUGAAUUUCCUUUUGGAUCUAAACAGAAGGAAGUCUGCAUCAAUCCAUACCACUAUAAGAGGGUGGAGAGCCCAGUUCUACCUCCAGUGUUAGUGCCUAGACAUAGUGAAUUCAAUCCCCAGCACAGUCUACUAGUUCAGUUCAGGAACUUAAGCCACAAUGAACCACAUAUGCCACACAACGCGACCUUUCCAGAUUCUUUCCAGCAGCCCAACAGCACUCCAUUCUCCAUUUCACCAAACAGUCCCUAUCCACCUUCUCCAGCCAGCAGCACUUACCCAAGCUCCCCAGCCAGCUCUGGGCCAUCUAGUCCAUUUCAGCUACCAGCUGAUACUCCACCUCCUGCUUAUAUGCCCCCUGAUGAUCAAAUGGGGCAGGAUAAUUCUCAGUCUAUGGACACAAGCAAUACAAUGAUCCCUCAAAUCAUGCCAAAUAUAUCUACCAGAGAUGUUCAACCUGUUGCCUAUGAAGAACCCAAACACUGGUGUUCGAUUGUGUAUUAUGAAUUAAAUAAUCGUGUUGGGGAAGCUUUUCAUGCAUCUUCUACAAGUGUCUUAGUAGAUGGGUUUACAGAUCCCUCCAAUAACAAGAACAGGUUCUGCCUGGGAUUGCUCUCCAAUGUUAAUCGCAACUCAACGAUUGAGAACACUAGACGACAUAUUGGAAAAGGAGUUCAUCUCUACUACGUUGGUGGGGAAGUCUAUGCUGAGUGUUUAAGUGAUAGCAGCAUAUUUGUACAGAGCAGGAACUGCAACUACCACCAUGGCUUUCAUCCCACAACUGUAUGCAAGAUUCCCAGUGGGUGCAGUCUGAAAAUUUUCAACAAUCAGGAGUUUGCUCAGCUUUUAGCUCAGUCUGUCAACCAUGGAUUCGAAGCAGUAUAUGAGCUCACCAAAAUGUGCACCAUUCGCAUGAGUUUUGUCAAGGGCUGGGGAGCUGAAUAUCACCGACAAGAUGUCACGAGCACCCCAUGCUGGAUAGAAAUUCAUCUUCAUGGGCCCCUCCAGUGGCUGGAUAAAGUACUUACACAAAUGGGUUCUCCUCUUAAUCCCAUCUCAUCUGUUUCAUAGUGCUGAAAUUCUACCUUCAGCCUUAUUUUUAGUGAACUUAUUCUAAUUCUAGAGAAACUUCCAGAGUGGAUACUGUGAGCUAUAUGGAGAAUGGAUCUUAUGGUUUAAUAUUUUUUUUUUAAAUCCCUUUGUGACCAAUUCCAUUGUGUAUAGCUAAUCAGUUUUACAUUUCAAUUUGUUCUUGUGAUGCUUAAGUGACAGUUGAGCCCUAAGGGAAAAAAAGUCUAUUGAAAAAUUCAAAACACUUUUCCCCUCCUUGGAGUAGACCUUAAACAGGCAAAUGUCUUAACUGGAAAAUUUUCUUCUUUUUAGUCCAAUAGGGACAAGAAUUAUAAGAACUGACUUCAGAAAAUAAAUACAUAUCAUAGUUUGGGAUUUUUUUUAACGUUUAUGGAACUGUUUGAACAUGUGCAGCUCCAGCUUGCAAGCUGUAUUUUUAGCAUAGUUGUUUAACAUCUGUAGGUUGGCAUCUGUCAUAAGCAAA